AUGGACGAAAUCCUGCGUGCCUUCGAUCUUGCCACGACCGAGCAGCGGCGCCAGAUCUUGUUUGAUAUCCUUGAUCGCCUCACCGAUGAUGAGAUGGACACUGUGGCCCAGAUCCAUUCAUGGAGGGACAAGAGAUUUGACAUCUUGGGCAAGUGCCCCGUGGAGAUUCAGCUCUGCAUCGUCGAGCAGAUGGAACUGCAGGACGUUUGUACUUCCAUGCGGGUCUGUCGCCGCUGGCGUGCUCUCUUGACCACCAGCACGGGCCCUGUCGUCUACAAGGUUCUCUUGAAAUGGUUUCCCACUUUGCUUCCACCAUUUUGUGAACAGCAGGGUGCGAUGCAGCAGCGGGCGGAAGUUCUUUACCGGGCCCUCAAGGCUUGGUCCAUCACAACAGCUGCCCGCUAUCCUGUGCGGCUCACCACCGGUUUCAAAGACUUUGUCGACCAACAGUGGCCAGCCCAGCAAUUUGCACGUCUGAACCAUGACAAGACCUAUGUGGAUCUCUCCUGUGGCAAUUAUCCCUAUCAGAGUGUGGAGGAGGGAUCGCCAUCGAGGCAAGACCCCGUCUCAACCUUCUAUUCGGAUGGGAACCUCGCCUACCAGGUGGACGGCGGCAAUGUGGGUUCCCUGCAGCCCAUCAUCGUUCAUCAGCUGCCCACCUGCCAGAGAAGAACGUUCUCGAGUCCGACGUACAACCUCGUUAAGGGGAACCCCCCGAAACUCAUGGCUGUAGGGGAUCAACUCGUCAUCGGUGUAUCAGGCCGAACAGUGUAA